AUGACGAACAGAGGUACUGAGACGGAGGGCCACGACAGACGCGUCGUGGUCGACACGCACGACCUGUUGGAGGCGUGCGGCUUCGACGGCAACGGCGUCCCCAGCAAGGAAGAGCUGAAUGCGCGGGUCGAGGCGCAAUUGCGCACCGUGCAGCGGUUGUACGAGGAGAGCAAUGGCGUCGUGGCAUCCGCCGGCGCCAUGCCACGUGACACCGACGGAGACGACGACCCACGACGUGGACGAACGGCGAUGCCCGAGACCCUGGUGAACGGUGACGAACCGAAAGACGGCACGCUGCAUGUCCAAGAGGUGGUGACGGAGGAGCUACGGGUACGCGACCGUGCCAAGGCCAAGGUGCUACGCGUACAAGCCAAGGAUGUGGAGGCAGCGCGGCGAGCGCGCAAGCGCCAAAGACGCAUCGAGCACUCGAAGGCUCGACGACAACGGCCGGACGAACGGAGGCAGCGAGACCGAGCUGCGGCGAUCGCGAACACGACGUCGUUACGAGAAACGGGCGCGGAAGGCACAGGCCAAAGAACAACGCGAGCUGCGUGCAGCGCUCGUCAGGGCGCAGCACCCGGCAAACGUCUACUUUGCGUUCGGAGAGCAGAAGAGCGCUGGAGAAGGCACGACGAUGAGCUGCGCGGAGGCGGAAGCGACGGGUUUCACGCCACCAAGUGCGAGGCGAGUCUCGACCAAGCGAGGGACUCGCUCGAAGCACGCGAAGCAGUACGAGUACAACAGCAGGAGCGUGUACGCACACUCGUACGUCAAGGCGAUCGACGGCGAGCUACGACCCGUGCGCGUGGGACAGUUACGGGCGGAGCAAGCCCCGACCGUCGACUCACUGCCGAUGGUGAAUGUGCGGGUGCGCGGCGAGCAGCGGGAGAUCAAGUUGGACACGGGGGACCAAUACAGCGUGGUGGGCGAGGAGUGGCAGUCGCUGGGCAAGCACCUGAGCAAGCUACCUCCCGUCGACUACGUGGAAGGCUUCACUGGUGCGGUGUCGAAGGUGUUGGGGGUGUGGCGCUUCCAGUUCCGCACGCAGUACGACCAGAGCAUGCAUGUCGACGCGCUGAUGGUGCAGGGCGCGUCGUCAGAGUUCUUGCUGGGGGAGGACUGGAUGCUGCAGCACGGCGUCAAAAUUGA